AUUGAAAUACCUGCUGUCGUCGUACUAGGUUUAAAAUUGUAUUUUGUGCUAAAUUUAGCAAGCCAACAACUUCAAGGAAAUCAUUUAAAGAUCGUGCUAGAUUUCUGUACUGGACAUGUUGCCUAGACGAAGUAAAUAUUUUAAAAAAGAGGUCGAGAGCAAAUAUUUUACGAAAAAAUUGUUAAAAAGACCUGAAAAAAAGGAACCGAAUAAAAGACACGGGCAUUUAGAACAGUCUUCAAGUGAUGGCAGUGCUGGAGACUGUAAGCCACAGCGAAAAUCAGAACUUCUGCUGAACAUUGAACGCUACAAUGAAAUCCAUCCAUCGCACCAUGUCGUAAACAAGCGUCUUAUUGGUAGAAGAGGCCUGUUUCCGUAUGGCAUCCGAACAAAUAUUUGCGAACGAAAAAAUUUAGAUCCGGUUUACAAAGCAAAUGCCGUGCAAAACAUAGAAAACAUUAUUUCUUCUGUCAAGUCGAAGUCGCCUGAAACUCGAGUGAAGUUUGGUACACCGAAUGCUGCAUCUACAGGCAGGCGCUGGUUGUGUAAAAACACUGCAAUAUCUCCAAUAGAUAAAGUUGAGCUAACCUACAAUAAUAACAAUGGCAAUGGCAAUCAAAAAACGACGUGGAAUCCCAUCCGAAUGUAAUUGGUUUAUUAGCCGCUUGCAACAAAAAUCCAAUUAUUCGCAUUUCUAAAAAAAUGCCAGAAUUGAUAACGUCCAAUGUUCUUAAGAGCCAAGUACAAGCUUUGAAAAGCACAUUGUUGACGGACCAACAACCGAAAACAAGCCACGGAACAGUUGCCAAUAAAAGUCCCGAGUUCGAUGAAAUGUGCAACAUGUACGUUGAGUUUGUCGAUUCGAUUUGCGAAGUCGUGUCUAGUGCACACGAUAAGAUAUCUCCCAAUGACGAUUCCACAGCCGAGUUGUACAAACGACUUCGGAGUACCAUUGUAAAUUCACGACGUUCCUCUCCUAGAAAACAACUGCGACCAACCGAGACUUUGGAUGCGAAUGAUAAAACGACAAAUUCAAUUAGCAAUUGUUUUUCGGCACCGAAUUCUGCAAACGAAGAUUUUGUUUUCAAACCAGUGUUGAUGUCGUCCAAAGCACCGGCUGAAGCAACGCCGGCACAUGUUUUGAUGGACAGUUUCGAGUUACCAAUUGAAGAAAAUACUAAUACUAAUAACAAUGAUAAUAAUUGUGCGCCAACCAAGGCUGACGAUUCGUUAAACUUCAGCAAACUGAGCGAGAUGGAAGUAGACGAAUUUUCGUCACCAGAAUCAUCACGUUUGAACAAAAAGCGACCAGCUAACAACCGCAACCGUAGACGGGUGUCGUUCCUGGACUCUUCUUCGGGCCAACUAAACCAAGUAGAUAAAUACGACGACGGCGGAUGGACUUCCGAAGACAGUUUUCGAUGCUCGAACAAGAAAUGUUUUAAAAUGUAAUAAUAAUAAUUCAUGUUGCUCGAUACUGCUGAUGUAUUGUGUACCACCUACCUAACUAAUAGUAAUAUUUUGUUUGUAUAAUACCGAUUGAAAUUC